AUGGACGCCAUCUUCGGGCCGCUCUGCCCCACGGCGGCCGUGUACUCGGGCUCCCUGCAGCCGCUGCUGCCCCACGUCUUGGCCGGCCGCGACCUCACCGUCCUCGCCUACGGCCCCAGCGGCGCCGGUGAGUGCUCGCCCCACUUCCGGGUGUUGGUGUCGCCCCACUUCCGGGUGUUGGUGUCACCCCACUUCCGGGUGUUGGUGUCACCCCACUUCCGGGUGUUGUCGCCCCACUUCCGGGUGUUGUCGCCCCACUUCCGGUGUUGUCGCCCCACUUCCGGGUGUUGGUGUCGCCCCACUUCCCAGUGUUGUCGCCCCACUUCCGGGUGUUGUUGUCUCCCCACUUCCGGGUGUUGGAGCCCCACUUCCGGGUGUUGUUGUCUCCCCACUUCCGGGUGUUGUCGCCCCACUUCCGGGUGUUGGUGUCACCCCACUUCCAGGUGUUCUCACCCCACUUCCGGGUGUUGUCGUCGCCCCACUUCCGGGUGUUGGUGUCGCCCCACUUCCGGGUGUUGGUGUCGCCCCACUUCCGGGUUUUGGUGUCUCCCCACUUCCGGGUGUUUUCUCCCCACUUCCGGGUGUUGCCGUUGCCCCACUUCCAAGUGUUGUCUCCCCACUUCUGGGUGUUGGCGUCGCCCCACUUCCGGGUGUUUUCACCCCACUUCUGGGUGUCAGCAUCGCCCCACUUCCGGGUGUUGUCACCCCACUGCCGGGUGUUGGUGUCACCCCACUCCUGUGUGGUGUCGCCCCACUUCCGGGUGUUGCCGUCGCCCCACUUCCGGGUGUUGCCGUCGCCCCACUUCCGGGUGUUGCUGUCUCCCCACUUCCGGGUUUUGGCGUCACCCCACUUCCGGGUGUUGUCACCCCACUUCCAGGUGUUGGUGUCACCCCACUUCCAGGUGUUCUCACCCCACUUCCGGGUGUUGGUGUCGCCCCACUUCCGGGUUUUGGUGUCUCCCCACUUCCGGGUGUUGCCGUUGCCCCACUUCUGGGUGUUGUCUCCCCACUUCUGGGUUUUGGUGUCUCCCCACUUCCGGGUGUUGCUGUCACGUGUUGGUGUCUCCCCACUUCCAGGUGUUGGCGUCACCCCACUUCCGGGUGUUGCUGUCACCCCACUGUCACCUGUUGCUGUCACCCCACUUCCGGGUUUUGGUGUAUGCCCACUUCCGGGUGUUGUCACCCCACUUCCAGGUGCUGGUGUCACCCCACUUCCGGGUGUUGUCACUCCACUUCCGGGUGUUGCUGUCACCCCACUUUCCUCAUCCGUCACCCCCCAUUUCCGCGUGUUGGUGUCACCCCACCUCCAGGUGUUGGUGUCAUCUCAUUUCCGGGUGUUGCCGUCCCCCCACUUCCGGGUGUUGUCACCCCACUUCCACGUGCUGGUGUCACCCCACCUCCUGGUGUUGUCACCCCCCUUUCCUUGCCGUCACCCCCCACCUCUGGGUGUUGCUGUCACCCCACCACCCCAACCUCUGGGUGUUGGUGUCACCCCACUAUUGUUGCUGUCACCCCCCACCACUGGGUGUUGCCAUCACCCCACUUCCGCGUGUUGGUGUCACCCCACUUCCGGGUGUUGCUGUCUCCCCACUUCCAGGUGUUGGUGUCACCCCACUUCUGCGUGUUGGUGUCACCCCACUUCCAGGGAAGACGCACACGAUGCUGGGCAGUGCUCGGGAUCCCGGGCUGCUGACGCUGGCGCUGCGGGAUCUGCUGGGCGCCGCGGGCACCAGGCGGAGCGUCACCGUGUCCUGCCUCGAGAUCUACGGACACCAG